GCAGCUCCUCCUCUGGUCCUCCCCGGGACUCUGGGCAGGAGUCCCCGUUCAGUUCUUCCCCCUCCAAGAUGGAGGCCUUAGGGGGCUACCCUGCCAAGUCCUCCAACCCCAAAGCAAAGAAACUGACGGUGCUGUUAAGCAUGACGGUCGGUGUGGGCUGUUUGUUCCUCCUGCAGACGCAGCUGGUGAAACCCAGAAAACCGAAGGAUUUUUACUCUUUCGAGGUGAAAGACGCGAAGGGGAGGACAGUUUCCCUGGAGAAGUACCGAGGAAAAGCGUCCUUGGUUGUAAACGUGGCGAGUUACUGCGAGCACACGGAGGCGAACUACAAGUUUCUGCAGGAGCUCCACCGGGAACUGGGCACCUCUCACUUCAACGUCCUGGCCUUCCCUUGUGGACAGUUUGGGGAGACGGAGACCAGAGCCAGCAGGGAGAUCGAGGCCUUUGCCAAGUCCACCUACGGAGUUACCUUCCCCUUCUUCAGCAGGAUCAAAAUAAUGGGAUCAGAGGCUGAGCCUGCCUUCAAGUUCCUCACAGAUUCUGUGCAGAAAAUCCCAAAGUGGAACUUCUGGAAGUUUCUGGUCAGUCCGGAAGGGAAAGUGAUCCGCUUCUGGCGAACAGACGAGCCCAUGGAAAGCGUCCGACAAGAGGCCACAGCGCUGGUGCGAGAAAUCAUCCUAAAGAAACGGGUAGAGCUAUGAUGGCGCUUAGCGAUGGACACGUUAUAUCUGCCAGUGAUUGAACUGUUUCCAGUGAGUGCAGUUUGAGACGUCUCACUGCAGAAACAUGCAGGAUGAAAAGAUCCACUAGUGUAAGUCACAAAGGCAAGGCAGGUCGGGGUGUUUGUGUCGAUUUAUGUGUGUGUGAUGGGACCAUCCUGUGGGGAACAGUCGGGAUGAACAUUCCUAAGAAUGACCACUGCUGCACCUGAAGGAUUGUUUAGCCUUUGACAUGUUGGAUUUUUACAAAUGCUCAGUGUGCCUUAUUUUGUGCUUUAUAUCAUCUCUUUGUAAUGUUUACAUUCAAUCCUGUUUCUUAAGAUGAAGCAUUUUAGCCCGUUUGGAGCCCAGCGAAUUGUGCAAAAUUCAUGCAGCAAUAAAAUGAUUUCAUUAUCAUUUGA